GGCUUCGUUAAACAUCAGCUGUGUUUACAGGAAGGCUCAGGGCUGCUCUCGUGUCUCGACUAGCCCAGAAGUCUCGUUAACCCUCCGAACAUGCCGAAGCCAAUCGUACAGGAGGGUGAGGACCCCGAUCCAACCCCGUACCUGUUCGUGUCUCUGGAACAGAAGCGCAUCGACCAGAGCAAGCCCUACGACGGCAAGAAGGCAUGCUGGGUUCCGGACGAGAAGGAGGGUUUCCUCCAGGGCGAGAUCAAGGCUACCAAGGGCGACCUGGUGACCGUCAGCCUGCCUGGUGGCGAGGAAAAGACAUUAAAAAAGGAACUCCUCUCACAAGUGAAUCCACCGAAAUUUGAAAAAGUCGAAGAUAUGGCAGACCUGACAUACCUUAACGACGCUGCCGUGCUGCAUAACCUGCGGCAGCGAUACUAUGCGAAACUGAUCUAUACGUACUCUGGUCUCUUCUGCGUGGCUAUCAACCCCUACAAGAGAUUCCCCGUGUACACGACCCGAUGCGCCCGCCUGUACCGUGGCAAGCGCCGCUCGGAAGUGCCCCCCCACAUCUUCGCCAUUUCCGACGGCGCUUACGUCAACAUGUUGACCAACCACGAAAAUCAAUCUAUGUUGAUUACCGGUGAGUCUGGUGCCGGAAAGACUGAGAACACGAAGAAGGUAAUUGCGUACUUCGCCACCGUCGGUGCCUCCCAGAAGAAGGACCCCAACCAGGAGAAGAAGGGCUCUCUGGAAGACCAGGUCGUCCAGACUAACCCUGUGCUUGAAGCCUUCGGUAACGCCAAGACCGUCCGUAACGACAACUCUUCCCGUUUCGGUAAAUUCAUCCGUAUCCACUUCGGCCCCUCUGGAAAACUGGCUGGUGCUGAUAUCGAGACCUACCUGCUCGAGAAGGCCCGUGUCAUCUCCCAGCAAGCUCUUGAGCGUUCUUACCACAUCUUCUACCAGAUGAUGUCUGGCUCCGUUGAAGGACUGAAGCCGAUGUGUAUGCUGUCAAACGACGUAUAUGAUUAUCACAUCGUUUCGCAAGGAAAAACUACCAUUCCCAAUUUAGAUGAUGGAGAGGAAUGUUUGUUGACUGACCAAGCUUUCGACAUCCUUGGUUUCACCCAAGAGGAGAAGGACAACGUAUACAAGAUCACCGCCGCUGUCAUGCACAUGGGUGGCAUGAAGUUCAAGCAGAGGGGUCGCGAGGAGCAGGCUGAGGCUGAUGGCAUGGAGGAAGGUGAACGCGUUGCCAAGCUCCUUGGUGUUGACUGCCAGGACUUGUACAAGAACUUGCUUAAGCCCCGCAUCAAGGUCGGCAACGAGUUCGUCACCCAGGGCCGUAACAAGGACCAGGUCACCAACUCCGUCGGUGCCCUCUGCAAGGGUGUCUUCGAUCGUCUCUUCAAGUGGCUCGUCAAGAAGUGUAACGAGACUCUUGACACCAAGCAGAAGAGGCAGCACUUCAUUGGUGUACUGGAUAUUGCCGGUUUUGAAAUCUUCGACUUCAAUGGUUUUGAGCAACUCUGCAUUAAUUUCACCAACGAGAAACUGCAGCAGUUCUUUAACCAUCACAUGUUCGUGCUGGAACAAGAAGAAUACCAGCGCGAAGGCAUCGAGUGGACUUUCAUUGACUUUGGCAUGGACCUCCAAAUGUGCAUUGACCUUAUUGAAAAGCCCAUGGGUAUCCUCUCCAUCCUUGAGGAAGAGUCUAUGUUCCCGAAAGCCACCGAUCAGACCUUCGUUGAGAAGUUGAACAACAAUCACUUGGGCAAGUCACCUCCGUUCCUGAAGCCCAAGCCCCCCAAGCCCGGUUGCCAGGCCGCCCACUUCGCUAUUGGCCAUUAUGCCGGCAAUGUCGGUUACAACAUCACUGGCUGGCUUGAGAAGAACAAGGAUCCCCUUAACGACACUGUCGUAGACCAGUUCAAGAAGGGAGUCAACAAAUUGCUGGUUGAGAUCUUCGCUGACCAUCCUGGUCAGUCCGGUGGCGCUGAUGCCGGUGGCGGCAAGGGCGCUGGAGGCAAGCGUGCCAAGGGUUCUGCUUUCCAGACUGUAUCAUCGCUCUACAGGGAACAACUUAACAACCUGAUGACGACUCUGAGGUCCACCCAGCCUCACUUCGUACGUUGUAUCAUCCCCAACGAGUUGAAACAGCCUGGUCUCAUCGACUCUCACCUUGUCAUGCACCAGCUGACCUGUAACGGUGUGUUGGAAGGCAUCCGUAUUUGCCGUAAAGGUUUCCCCAACAGGAUGGUCUACCCCGACUUCAAGCUCCGAUACAAAAUUCUGUGCCCGAAGCAGAUCAAAGAGCCAAUCUCGCCAGAGAAAGCCACCGAGAAAAUUCUUGAGCAAUCCGGUUUGGACGCGGAGUCGUUCAGGCUUGGAAAAACAAAGGUGUUCUUCCGCGCUGGUGUCCUGGGUCAGAUGGAAGAGAUGCGUGACGACAGGCUCUCCAAGAUUGUGUCUUGGCUCCAGGCCUACAUCCGCGGUUAUCUGUCCCGCAAGGAGUACAAGAAGCUGCAGGAACAGAGGGUCGCCCUCCAAGUUGUCCAGCGCAACUUGCGCAAGUACCUGCAACUCCGCACCUGGCCCUGGUGGAAGCUGUGGCAGAAGGUCAAGCCUCUCCUCAACGUCACCCGCGUCGAGGAUGAGCUCGCGAAACUGGAAGAGAAGGCCAACAAGGCUAUCGAGGCCCUGGAGAAGGAGGAGAAGCUCCGCAAGGAGCUGGAGGCGCUCAACGCUAAGCUGCUGGAGGAGAAGACAGCUCUGCUCGGCUCGCUCGAGGGCGAGAAGGGCUCGCUGUCUGAGGUCCAGGAGCGCGCCGCCAAGCUCCAGGCGCAGAAGGCUGACCUGGAGUCUCAACUUAGGGACACCCAGGACCGCCUGACCCAGGAGGAGGAUGCCCGCAACCAGCUGUUCCAGAACAAGAAGAAGUUGGAACAGGAGGUCUCCGGUCUCAAGAAGGACGUCGAGGAUCUCGAGCUGUCCGUUCAGAAGUCCGAGCAGGACAAGGCCACCAAGGACCACCAGAUCCGCAACUUGAACGACGAGAUCGCCCACCAGGAUGAGCUCAUCAACAAGCUCAACAAGGAGAAGAAGAUGCAGGGAGAAUCUAACCAGAAGACCGGUGAGGAGCUCCAGGCCGCCGAGGACAAGGUCAACCACCUCAACAAGGUCAAACAGAAGCUCGAGCAGACCCUCGACGAGCUGGAGGAUUCUCUGGAGCGCGAGAAGAAGCUGCGCGGUGAUGUCGAGAAGCAGAGGAGGAAGGUUGAGGGCGACCUCAAGCUGACCCAGGAGGCUGUUGCCGACCUCGAGCGCAACAAGAAGGAGCUGGAGCAGACCAUCCAGCGCAAGGACAAGGAGAUCUCCUCCCUGACCGCCAAGCUCGAGGACGAGCAGUCCCUUGUCAGCAAACUGCAGAAGCAGAUCAAGGAACUGCAGGCCCGCAUCGAGGAGCUCGAGGAGGAAGUCGAGUCCGAGCGCCAGGCUCGCGCCAAGGCUGAGAAGCAGCGCGCUGACCUCGCUCGUGAACUCGAGGAGCUCGGCGAGCGCCUCGAGGAGGCCGGUGGUGCCACCUCUGCCCAGAUCGAGCUCAACAAGAAGCGCGAGGCUGAGCUCAGCAAGCUCCGCCGCGACCUGGAGGAGGCCAACAUCCAGCACGAGUCUACCCUCGCCAACCUGCGCAAGAAGCACAACGAUGCCGUCGCCGAGAUGGGUGAGCAGCUCGACCAGCUCAACAAGCUCAAGGCCAAGGCUGAGAAGGAACGUUCUCAGUACUUUAGCGAAGUCAAUGACCUCCGCGCUGGGCUCGACCAUGUGUCCAACGAAAAGGCUGCCCAGGAGAAGAUCGCCAAGCAGCUCCAGCACCAGCUCAACGAAGUCCAGAACAGGGCUGAUGAGGCCAACCGCACCCUCAACGACCUUGAUGCCGCCAAGAAGAAGAUGUCCAUCGAGAACUCAGACCUGCUCCGCCAACUGGAGGAGGCUGAGUCCCAGGUGUCCCAGCUGUCGAAGAUCAAGGUGUCGCUCACCACUCAGCUGGAGGACACCAAGAGGCUCGCCGACGAGGAGGCCAGGGAACGCGCCACCCUUCUUGGCAAGUUCCGCAACCUCGAGCACGACCUGGAUAACAUCCGCGAACAGGUCGAGGAGGAAGCCGAAGGCAAGGCUGAUCUUCAGCGCCAGCUUUCCAAGGCCAACGCCGAGGCCCAGAUCUGGCGCUCCAAGUACGAGUCCGAGGGCGUUGCCCGCUCCGAGGAACUCGAGGAGGCCAAGCGCAAGCUCCAGGCCCGCCUCGCCGAGGCCGAGGAGACCAUUGAGUCCCUCAACCAGAAGGUCAUUGCCCUCGAGAAGACCAAGCAGCGCCUCGCCACCGAGGUCGAGGAUCUGCAGCUCGAGGUCGACCGUGCCACCGCCAUCGCCAACGCCGCCGAGAAGAAACAGAAGGCCUUCGACAAGAUCAUCGGAGAAUGGAAGCUCAAGGUCGACGACCUCGCCGCUGAACUCGACGCCAGCCAGAAGGAAUGCCGCAACUACUCCACCGAACUGUUCCGUCUCAAGGGUGCCUACGAGGAAGGCCAGGAGCAGCUCGAGGCUGUCCGCCGCGAGAACAAGAACCUCGCCGACGAAGUCAAGGACCUGCUCGACCAGAUCGGCGAAGGUGGCCGCAACAUUCACGAGAUCGAAAAGGCCAGGAAGCGCCUGGAAGCCGAGAAAGACGAGCUUCAGGCCGCUCUCGAGGAGGCCGAGUCCGCCCUCGAACAGGAGGAGAACAAGGUCCUGCGCGCUCAGCUCGAGCUGUCCCAGGUCCGCCAGGAGAUCGACCGCCGCAUCCAGGAGAAGGAGGAGGAGUUCGAGAACACACGCAAGAACCACCAGCGCGCCCUCGACUCCAUGCAGGCUUCCCUCGAAGCCGAGGCUAAGGGCAAGGCUGAGGCCCUGCGCAUGAAGAAGAAGCUCGAGGCCGACAUCAACGAGCUCGAAAUCGCCCUCGACCACGCCAACAAAGCUAACGCCGAGGCCCAGAAGAACAUCAAGCGUUACCAGGCCCAGAUCAAGGACCUGCAGACCGCCCUCGAGGAGGAGCAGCGCGCCCGCGACGAUGCCCGCGAACAGCUGGGUAUCUCCGAGCGCCGCGCCAACGCCCUCCAGAACGAACUGGAAGAGUCCCGUACUCUUCUGGAACAGGCCGACCGCGCCCGCCGCCAGGCCGAACAGGAGUUGGGCGAUGCUCACGAACAGCUCAACGAGCUGUCCGCUCAGAGUGCCUCCCUCUCCGCCGCCAAGAGGAAGCUCGAGUCCGAGCUGCAGACCCUCCACGCCGACCUCGACGAGCUCCUCAACGAGGCUAAGAACUCCGAAGAGAAGGCAAAGAAGGCCAUGGUUGACGCCGCCCGCCUCGCCGACGAGCUCCGCGCAGAGCAGGAGCACGCCCAGACCCAGGAGAAACUCCGCAAGGCCCUCGAACAACAGAUCAAGGAACUGCAAGUCAGGUUGGAUGAGGCCGAAGCGAACGCGCUCAAGGGAGGCAAGAAGGCCAUCCAGAAACUCGAACAGAGAGUCAGGGAGCUCGAGAACGAGCUUGACGGCGAACAGAGGAGGCACGCCGACGCACAGAAGAACCUGCGCAAGUCCGAGAGGCGUAUCAAGGAGCUCACCUUCCAGGCCGAGGAGGACCGCAAGAACCACGAACGCAUGCAGGACCUCGUCGACAAACUGCAACAGAAGAUCAAGACCUACAAGAGGCAGAUCGAGGAGGCGGAAGAGAUCGCCGCCCUCAACUUGGCCAAGUUCCGCAAGGCGCAGCAGGAGCUUGAGGAGGCCGAGGAGCGAGCGGACCUGGCCGAGCAGGCCAUCAGCAAGUUCCGAGGCAAGGGCCGCGCGGGAUCCGCUGCGCGAGGAGUCAGCCCGGCGGCGUCCGUAAAAGGGCGUGUUUAGUGAACCAAGGAGAGAUCCCCAGCGCCCGCGCCCCGCCUUCGACGGCUUCGGCACCUUCCCACCAAGGUUCGACCUGGCUAACGAUGAUUUCUAAACGUUCCACAAACCAAAACGGACUGUACAGAUUUUCGUUGUUAAUCUAACAUAAUUUUUUUAUACAUAGCAGUUAAAAAGCGUGAAACGAAAACUGUAAUUUACAACAAAAAAAAACUUUAUACACUUUAGUAUUCUAAUCUUUUUACGAAAACCUAUUUUGUAACUUGUUGAUAUUUAUUUAUUGCUGAUGUAUGUAUCGAGAGUGGGGGUGGGGGGGAGCGCGGGGCGACCGCCGCGAUCCCAGAGACACGCCUACCAGCCCCUUCACCGACGCUCGCGCCGCGCGCCUCUCUGCCCUCUUUGACAUGAAAUAAAGCGAUAUCGUUGUCAUAAAACAUUUAAAA